AAAGGAGCAACGUGUCUAAUAGCCUUCCUAAAAGGACAGCACGCCCAAACGACGGCAAACUAAAAAGAGGAUUACGGACGUUGAAACGAGAUGUUGGACUCUUAUUUUCCCCAGCAAGACCUCAGUCUUUUCCAGCGCAUGCUCCUCAUCUGGGCGUUCAUCUUUAGUGGAUUCGUGCUCUCGUUCAAGGCGUCGCAGACCUAUGCCGAGCCGCGGCCGCGAUGGACUGUAAUGACUGAACACAACAAACCGUACUGGUACACAUACUACGUCUACGUCGCCUUCAUGCUGAUGCAGGUCUCCUACGGCCCACUUCGCUGGAACCUGGAGGGCCUCUUGCCUGGGAAGCUCGAAGUGCACAUCUUAGACGCGCUCUGGAUUGGGCUUCUGGGUUUGGAGGCCGGCAUGCUGGCUUGGGUGUUUGGGCUGAGAAUUGCAAGAUCGUUCAAGGGGCAGCAGAAGGUCAAGGAGUUGUGAGGGUUCAGAGUACUAUUUCCUUCUGACGAGGUUGACAUCUUUUGACUCUGCGAGUUUGCAUGCCAUUUAGAAGACUACGAGUAAACUGCAAUGCGUCGUGCAGCUGGCUUUACAAAAAGACAUAUCGUGACAGUGAUCAGCAACAAUUGUUCUACACUAAGCUACGAUGCAUCUGCAAGUGGAGAAUAGGCCAUCGCGACUUAUGAUACA